CCAUCAUUCUUCACACCACAAAAAACAUGAAGUUUUCUAAAGGUUUGGCGUUGUUUCUUCUUCUUGUCUUUGCUGCAACCGCAGCUUUAGCUGAUGAAUCCCAACUUGGUACACAAGGCGAUGAGCCAAAAGAGAUCAACCAACGUGGCGGUGGUUACUGCCGCUACCGGCGCUGCUGCGGCGGUUGGUAUGGCGGCAGCUGCAGACGAUGGUGUUGCAGCCCCUCCGGUAAUGCAGCUACUGAAGCGGAGGAGGCUUACUCUGUAGAGGACACCACUCUCAAUGGCGGCGGCGAUGGACAUGGCGGAGGUGGAGGACAUGGUGGUGGUGGUGGACAUGGCGGAGGUGGAGGACAUGGCGGUGGUGGUGGACAUGGCGGUGGUGGUCAUGGUGGCGGUGGAAAAGGUGGUGACGGAGGAGGACAUGGUGGUGGUGGAAAAGGUGGAGGCGGUGGAGGACAUGGAGGUGGUGGAAAAGGUGGUGGCGGAAAAGGUGGCGGCGGUGGAAAAGGUGGCGGCGGUGGAAAAGGUGGUGGUGUGGAAGGCAAUGAAGAGACGAAGAACUAAUUAAUAAAGAGUUUGGGAGAUAGUAGGAAGGCCAUGUUUGGAUGUAUAUGUUGUAAUUGGAAUAAAUUAUGCAUGGUUGUAAGUUCGAAUAACUACUUGUCGUGGAAUUAAGGUCUUCUUAUACGAGACCUGUACUUCACUUGUGUUUUGCCUCUGCAAUGACUUAUAUGAAAUCACUAUUUUCUCUCA